CCAGUCUGCAAACAAAUCAGAGGAGAAGAAGAAUUCUUACUGAUGUAGCUUCUUGAAUUCAAAAGUUUGUGGACACUACUAGACAAAGUAAUUACAUGCAGACCCACCAUUUCUUCUGCUCUGGGUAGGAAAAUCAGUAGCAACUAAACUAGUUCGAGAGUAUGAUGCUAUCAUGUGAUGUAUGCAGUGGUCAGUGAAUUCAAGCCAACAAGCUGAACAUACAGUCAACGAGCUAACGUUAGCUAGCCAAUGUGGAGGUCCUGCCCUGUGUAACCUUACCACUUCAUUUAAUUAUUUAAAUCAAAUUGUCCGUCUAGGCAACUUUAACACACGUUAGACAAUAUAUAUACUCCACUGUGUCUGCUAGUAGGCUAAGCUAGCUGAUUCUGUGUCUGAUAGUUAUAUGUGUCCUGAUUGAUGAUGUCCCCGAAGGAUUGAAUGAGUAGGCCUAGCUGAGCUCUGUAGAUUAAAACGUCUUAUCUAUGAGAUGGCAUCAGAGAAGAGGGAGGAGAGGUGGGACUGGGACAGCCCUCGGUGUCGCGCACAACUAGAUGAAAUAUUUUUCCGCCAACAUGACUACAUCCAAGCUGGUAGUCAAGAGCACAAAGAUUUCUGGGCAUUCUUUGAGCGUUUCCAGCGGUUCAAAGCCAAGAGGCAGAUGUCAGGGUCAAAAGACAAUAAAGACAUUGACCCAAAGUGCAGCAAAAGCCGUAAGAGUGGGUCUGUAGACUUGGGAUUGCCCAAGGAAUAUGAUGCUCGGUACAGAAUCAGCACAUCAGUGUACACCAAGGAUGUGGAGGAGAAACUGGAGAGUUGUGGACAUCGACAACGACAAACUGCCUCAGGCCCAGGCAAACAGGAGAUCACAGACUGCCGCUUGGCCCUACUACAUUUCCUGGACUUCACCCAGAGGCAGAGCUUCAACAAGCUGGCCAAACUCCGUCAGGAGCAAAGGAAUCUACCUAUUUUCCAUUACCGAGACAGGAUUGUGGAGCUGGUGAAAGCCAACUCAGUGGUUGUAGUGGCAGGGGACACAGGUUGUGGAAAGUCCACCCAGGUGCCCCAGUACCUGCUUGCGUCUGGAUUUAAUAACAUUGCCUGCACACAGCCACGUCGCAUUGCAUGUAUAUCCCUCGCCAAACGUGUCAGCUUUGAGAGUUUGAACCAGUAUGGCUCCAAGGUUGGGUACCAGAUCCGCUUUGAGACCACACGUACACUGGCCACCAAGCUUCUGUUUCUGACUGAGGGGCUGCUGCUGAGGCAGAUCCAGCAGGAGCCGUUGCUGGGUCAGUACCAGGUGCUGAUAGUGGAUGAGGUGCACGAGAGGCAUCUGCACUGUGACUUCCUGCUGGGGGUCUUGCGAGCGCUCAUCGGCGCGAGGUCAGAUCUACGACUGGUGCUCAUGUCUGCCACCAUCAAUAUCAAGCUCUUUUCUGAGUACUUUCGUGGGGCACCUGUGCUGCAGGUGCCAGGCAGGCUCUUUCCCAUACAGGUGAUCUAUCAGCCCAUCCCUCCGGAGGAGCAGGUCUCCCGCUCGGAGAAGCUGGACCCACGGCCAUUUCUGCGUGUGCUCCAGGGGAUUGAUCAGCGGUACCCUCCAGAGGAGCGGGGGGACCUGCUGCUGUUCCUCAGCGGCGUGGCUGAGAUCUCCGCCGUGCUAGAGGCCUGCCAGGCGUAUGCCACACACACGCAGCGCUGGAUCGUCCUCCCCCUCCACAGCACCCUCUCGCUGGCUCAGCAGGAUAAGGUUUUUGAUAUAGCCCCCCCUGCUGUAAGAAAAUGUAUCAUCUCCACGAACAUAGCUGAGACUUCAGUUACCAUUGAUGGAGUAAGAUUUGUAGUGGAUUCAGGUAAGGUGAAGGAGAUGAGUUUUGACCCAAAGGCGAAGAUGCAGCGUCUGCAGGAGUUCUGGAUCAGCAGGGCCAGCUCUGAGCAGAGGAAAGGUCGAGCGGGCCGCACUGGGCCCGGGGUCUGCUACCGAUUAUACGCCGAGUCUGAUUAUGAUGCCUUUGCUCCCUACCCUGUCCCAGAGAUCCACAGGGUGGCACUAGACUCCCUGGUGCUUCAGAUGAAGAGUAUGGGCCUGGGUGACCCGUGCUCCUUCUCCUUUAUUGACCCCCCGCCUGCCUCCAGUAUCCAGACGGCUAUGACGUACCUGAGAGAGCAAGGGGCAUUGGAUGUCUCCGGAGAGCUCACCACCAUUGGGAGCCUACUGUCCCAGCUACCUGUGGACGUAGUCAUUGGGAAGAUGCUGGUGCUGGGGUCUCUGUUUAAUCUGCUGGAGCCGGUGUUGACAGUUGCAGCAGCACUUAGUGUUCAGUCUCCAUUUUUGCGAAGUGCUCAGCACAACCCAGACUGCUCUACAGCACGCCAGCCCCUCCACAGCAACCAUGGAGACCCCUUCACUCUCCUCAACACCUUCAACGCCUGGGUGCAGGUGAAGGGUGAGCGUGGUGGUGGCUCCAGGAAGUGGUGCAGGAGGCGUGGCCUGGAAGAGCAGAGACUGUACGAGAUGGUCAACCUGCGCAGACAGUUUAAGGAGCUGCUAAGGAGCCAUGGCCUACUGGAGGAGGAGGGCACUGGUGCUCAGACCCCGGAAGAGCGCAAGCGACGUCGCGAGAGACUGACCGAGCGGCAUCAGCUGCACCAGCUGAAACGCGAGCAUGACCUGCACGAGGGCAGCCGGCGUAAAGUGCUCCGCCUUGAGGAGGGGGCAGGGGACUCGUCCGGCUCGGACGACGAGACGUCAGGGAGGAAAGGGAAGGACAAGAAGGGAGAAGGACAAGGUGUGGACAUACAGGAGGUGAAAUUUAAGCUGCGUCACAAUGUUGACCAGCUACAGGAGGUGGCCAGUGCCAGUCAGGACCUCUCGUCGCGCCAGCAGGCCCUGCUCAAGCUGCUGCUGUGCCGUGGGCUCUACCCCCAGCUGGCUCUGCCCGACGAGCACAACGCCAACCGCAAGGACUCCGAGCAGAUAUUCCACACAAGAAACAAGCAAGGGGUGGUAAUCCAUCCCACCAGUGUGUUUGCCAGUGACCCAGAGGUGCUGCAAGUUCCUGAACAGGAGAGUAUCCAGCCUGGGGUAGAUAAAGGCCAGAGCAGUAGACACCAGCUGCUGGCCUUCGUCACUUUGCUGGAGACCAACAAGCCAUAUGUGUCCAACUGUGUCAGAGUUCCAGCACUGCAGGCUCUGCUUUUGGUGGCGAACUCUCUGGACAGUAAUGGCGAGUGCACGCGGCUGGUGGUUGACGGCUGGCUGGAGCUGUGUCUGGGGGACGGGGAGAGGAGCCUGGCCGUGCUCUCGUCUGCGCUAGAGCUGCGCGCCGAGUGGGAGCGCCUCCUGCAGGCUCAGCUCAGCAAGCGCAGGCCAUCCGCCCGGGACCUGGGGCGCCUGGGUGAUCGUCUGGUGCGCUUCUUGCUCUACACCGAGGUGAAUUACAGCGUGCGGCGCCUCACAUCUCUUCAGGCCCAGAACCUGUACGUGGGGCCCCAGCGGGACCCGGCUGCUUCGGACGUCCAGGCGCUCAGCUCCGUCUUCCCUGGGGUGGAGCCCAAGCCUGACCCCAUCAAGGGAGGACUUCGUGUCAGCAGCUACUUCACCUACAACUGCCUCAGCGACCCGACUGACCUGUACAGUGAGUGUCUGCGCACGUUUUGGACCUGCCCGUACUGCGCCCUCUACAUGCCCUUCACACCACUGGAACGCAUGAAGCACCAGGCCACCUGCAAACCCCCAGAGGAGCAGACUGCGCAGGAGGACGAGGAGUGUGAAAGUGAGAAGGCCGCUGCGUCGUCUUCCUCUUCCCUGACUCGCCUCUACCACUGUGAUAUCUGCGACAAGGACUUGACCCUCACGUCCACCGAGAUUCUCAAACACAAGAGGCAGCACGCGAUCACAAGUUAAGAAAUACUGCUGCCAAACACUAUUGUGCGUCCAGGCUGCAGGUGGUUAAAGCAGAAGAAACUGGACCACUGGAUGCAACUGGGUGGAGAAAGUGUGGACCACAUGCCUUGUGUGAUGUUAUGUGUAAUGUUGUUCUAAAAUACAAGAAUAUGUUUUUUAAGA